GCCAAUAUUCAAAGGUGGAUUAUCCCUCGGCGUAUCCUUUAAAGCCCGAUCAGUGGUCGAUCGAUCGCCGAGUCAAAAGCAUCUCGAUACCGUUUCUUUUCUCGUCCGGCCUCCUUUUGUUUUUCCACAUUUUUAAUCUCAUCGCGGAAUUCUUACGAAACGAUAUUUAUCGGAAGAAAAAAAAAUCAUCGAAAUGGCACGACGCCACAGACACAUGGUCGGCUUCAGAAUCUUGUUGGUUAUCGCGAUACCGACGAUGUACUUUCUUUGCGUCAGUUUAACCGGGAUAUUCGCAAAAGGAGAUCGACACGUCGCGGUCCCCAACGGAGGACAAACUCCGGACUUGAUUAGAUCACGAAAAUUGCUGCAGAUCGAAGAGCCCUUGGUUUUGGGAGCGAAAAAAAACUGCAACCAACCAUCCAUCCAGGAAUUUCCACCUGAUGGAUUAACUCGGACUCAGAGACAAUCGGGAUUCAUUUUAAUUCACGUCGUUAUUGCCACGUAUCUUUUCCUCCUGCUCGCCGUCGUCUGCGACGACUUCUUCGUCCCUUCGAUACAAAAGAUAUGCGACAAGCUCCAAGUGACAAAAGACGUCGCGGGUGCAACAUUCAUGGCGGCGGCGACUUCGAGCCCGGAACUAUUCAUAAACGUCGUCGGUACGUUUAUAACCGAGGGAGAUCUCGGAGUCGGGACUAUCGUCGGUUCGGCUGUCUUUAACAUUCUCGCAGUGCCAGCCUGUUGCGGAUUGUUCGCCAAUCAGGUUUUAGAUCUGGAUUGGUGGCCCAUAACUCGAGAUUCGCUCGCCUAUAGCAUGACCGUCUUAUUGCUCAUAGUAACCCUUCGAGAUGGUCGUAUCGAGUGGUACGAAGCAUUAAUUCUCGUAAUAUCGUAUAUUUUGUAUAUAAUGGCGAUGUGCUUCAAUAAAAAAAUAAGUCGAUGCAUGAGAUCGAUGAUGAAACGGAAAACGACGUACCAAAAUUUGAGCGAGGCCAGUCCCUUGAUUGCCAAAAACUUUGGGGACGCAGAGAAAGGGAGCAUCGUUGAAACGACGGAAGACGAAUCACUGGAAAUCGUCAAUAUGACCAAAUGGCCAGAACCCGCCGCUGAAAAACUCUGGUGGGUUUUCACUUGGCCAAUCAAUCUUGUGCUCCUCUUCACCAUACCGGAUUGCAGGAGAAAAUCAUUGAAGUCUUGGUAUCCAAUCACCUUCCUCAUGUGCAUCGUCUGGAUCGCGAGCAUGUCGUACCUCGUCGCUUGGGACAUUACGAUCAUCGGCGACACUCUCGAGAUACCCGAUUCCGUGAUGGGUCUGACUUUCUUGGCUGCUGGAAUGAGCGUGCCCGAGGCUGUAUCGAGCGUCAUAGUGACAAAUCAAGGUCACGGUACAAUGGGAAUAAGUAACUCGAUAGGAUCGAACGUUUUUGAUGUUUUACUGUGUCUCGGGUUACCAUGGUUCAUAAAAGCUGUUUUUCUGCCAAAAAUACCAGGAACGAAUUUCGUUCAGAUCAACUCGGAGGGCCUCAUCUACAGCUCGAUCUCGUUGUUCUCGACUCUCAUACUUCUAUACACUGCUUUCGUUCUUAACAAGUUUAAACUCGAUCGCAAAGUCGGAAUCACGUGUCUCUCGAUGUACGGAGUAUUUUUAAUAUUUGCUUCCCUCACAGAAUUAAAUGUGUUCUUCCCCGUGAAUCUGCCAACGUGCGUUCAUUGACGAUUGCCAAAGGUGGCUGUUACAGCAGCAGUCACCAAUUCUUAGAAUUUAUGCAUGCUAAAUUAUAAAAGAAAACAAAAAACUAACCUA